CUCAGUUACGACGCGACCAACGAUUGGAAAAUAGAUACCGAGAUCUCGCUGUCGUCGAUGUCUAACAAAAACCUGUUUAUUAUGAGAAUAUUCUACGAAAUCGGAACGCCUUCCACGCAAGAGAUCGGAAUCCAAGACUUUUUGCCACAAUUGAUAUCUCGGGGGACGUUCUUCAAGAGGCCUAAGUUCGAGCCGUUCGACAAAGUCAUCGAAAGGGGUUUCCAAUGGCUUCAAGAGAAUCCGCAAAUUAAUUUCCGUAACGCACAGUCCAUUGACAUUAAGAUGAAAUCACUUAUGCUACAGUUGUAG